AUGGACAUAUCUCGUCGUGGAAGGUGCAUAAAUUGCAAAGAUGUGUCCGGACCAGAUGAUUUGAGAAAUCUGAUUGCGCAUGAGUUCGGAUUAAACCCGAGAGUUGUUUCGGUGGAGAAUUCCUACUGGUUUGAUGAUGUUCUAGCUGAGCUUAAUGGUGAUGGGAGUUGUCCAUGUGUAAUCGUUACUCCUCGAGAGUACAAAUUCUUCCUUUCGCUGCAUAAGUCUGACAAGUCUGUGAAUUUAUUUGUCACAUUCAAGGAGUCAGUAAAUGAGUCUAGUCAACCCGAUGAUAAUGCAGAUGAUGAAGAUAUCGAUGAUUGUUUGCUGAUAGCACAUGCCGAGAAAGUAGAGGCAAAGGCCGCAAUGAACACCUCCAAAGGUGUACAACUUGAAGCUGUCUCUGUUAUCCAUCCUCCAUUGGGAUUAAAAAUGUCCCAAGAAUCAGAGGCUAAGGCCAGCACUAACACCUCCGUUAAUGUAAAACCUGAUGUUCCAAGUCACGCUGUCUCUGUUGACCACCCUGAGUUGGAAUUAAAAAUGUCCCAGGAAUCAGACGAGGCGAGAGAUUCGGAAGAGAAGGAAGCUGAUAAUGUUGACGAUGACGCACACGGCUCUGAUGAUGAUUAUGAUCCGGAUUAUGAUUUUGACUGGUGGAAUGAUUACGUACUAGCAGAUGGUAAUGGUUUCCAUUCUAAACCUGGAUUUGAUGAGGAUAAGGAUGACUCUGGGGGUUGUGGAAGUACUCGCAGGAGUGAGCCGAGUGAUUCAAAACAUAUGGACAACUCCAUUGUCUUAACGGAGAAUCCUAUUCAUUUUCCUGGAAGAAAGAGGACUGUAUGUGAGAAUGUUCUAGCUCCCCAUGGGAAUGAUGAUGAUUUUGUGCAGACUCCGACAGGUGAUGUCAGUUGGGGGCGUAAGAAUGGCGGUGCAGAGCCGAAGAAAGCGAUUAAACAUGGAGAGAUAUGGGUUGGGAAAAAGUUCAGGAACAAGGAACACUUUAAAAUCACGUUGGCCAUCAAUGCGCUGAAGAAUAUAGUGACGUUCGAAUUCAAAAAGCAUGCGAAGAAGUACACAGUCACCGAAUGUCCAUCAAAGAUAUGUGAUUGGAGAGUGUUGGGGUGUCAAGUUGGCGAGUCGGCGUUGUAUGAGGUGAGGAAGGCGUGUUUGAAGCAUACAUGCCACCCGGAUACAAGAAAGAAAUUUUCUAAACAUGCUACUUCUAAAGUCAUAGCGGCUCUGCUGAAGUCUAAGUAUGAGAAUGCAAUAGUUGGUCCACGUGCGAGUCAGCUACCUGCGAUUGUUCUCUCCGAAUAUAAUAUUACAGCCUUGUACUGGAAAUGCUGGAAAGCUAAGGAGCUGGCAAUAUACUCUGGUCACGGAACAGAGGAGACUUCUUUCAAAUUACUACCGAUUUACCUCCAUGUGCUCAAGUAUGCUAACCCCGGCACCAUAACGCAUUUGAUAACCGAGAACGAGAGAGAUGAAAAAGAUGGAAAAUGUAUUACCAGGUUUAAGUCCGUAUUUAUGGCAUUGGCUGCGUGUAUAUCUGGAUGGAAACAUUUGAAACAAGUAGUUGUUGUUGAUGGGACUCACCUGACUGGUAAGUAUAAGGGUUGUCUACUAACGGCCAGUGGACAAGAUUCUAAUUACCAGGUAUUUCCAAUAGCGUUCGCCGUUGUCGAUGCAGAGUCUGACAAGACGUGGAGGUGGUUCUUUGAGAAGUUGUUAGAAAUUAUUCCAGAUUCCUCUGAUCUUACUAUUAUCUCGGAUAGGCACGGUGGAAUUGCCAAAGCUAAAAAGAAAUGGUAUCCACAGUCACACCACGGUGCAUGUUUUGUCCAUAUCCAGAGAAAUGUUCACGGUAAAUACAAAGGUUCCGGUCAGAAAGGGUUGGUCGGAAAGGCUGGAGAAGCGUUCACAGUUUCUAAUUUCAAGAAACUAUACGCAAGGCUGAAGGAUGUUGAUUAUCGUUGUUGGGAGUACAUGGAAAAUAUCCCUCUUGCGCUGUGGACUAGAUCACACUUUUCUGGUCAGAGGUAUAAUAUGACCUCCAGUAACAUUGCAUUGUCUCUAAACAAUGCACUACUCGCUGCAAGAGACAAUCCAAUCGUUGCAAUGCUAGAAUUUAUCAGGCGAUUGUUAAGUAGGUUGCUUGAAUGCAGAAGAGAGAACAUUCAAAAGAUGGUUGGUGACAUUACAGAAGAGGUUGACAAGUUAAUGAACCUGCAGCAGCAAAAAUCUGCUGCACUAUCGGUUCAAGGCAUUUCUUUGUGGGAAGUUGAAGUGAGUUCUGAGUUCGGUGUACGGAGGCUUGUUGAUCUCCUAAACAAAACAUGCUCAUGUCUAGAGUUUCAUACAUUGAAAUACCUUUGCCGACAUGCAAUGGCCGCGGCUAGGCUUCGUCAAGUGGAGUACAGCAGUUUGGUUGAUCCAAUUCUUAAGAAAUCAAUUUGGAGUGCAACAGUUUGUGGCAGAAUCCUACCAGUGCCCGACCCUGACGACAUUCGUAUCCCAGCAGAGGUGCGUGACCUUAAUAUUAUGCCACCUAAAGCAAAACGUCCAUCAGGAAGGCCUACGACGAAGAGAAAACUUUCAGCAGGAGAGUAUCCUCAGGUUGCGAAAAAAAAGAAGCCUAACAAAUGCUCGAGAUGUGGAAAUGCCGGCCAUAACCGGGCAAAAUGCAAUGAACCAUUGGGUUGA